GCGACAAAGGCGCGACCCGUGGACUCAGUUCACCCCUUUGUCUCAGUAUGUACCUAUUGUACAGUACAAUCCUCUUGUCACCAUCGUCAAAGCUCGCCAAAGGAGACACAGCAACAAUGAAAAUAUAUCUCCCAUUCGCCACAUCCAAAUACAAAAGCCCAACCAGGCCAACGCCGACCUGGUCGGCAAUCUCCUCCAACGAACAAUUAGUCAACGGGGAAAUCACAGCACUCUCACAACAUGUCUGCGAACCCCAGGGGCGGGUUCGUAAACCACUACGACGUCCUCGGAGUCGAGGAGUACGCCAGUACCGACGAGAUCAAGUCCGCCUACCGUAAGCUAUGCCUCAGCUGCCACCCAGACAAGAUCCGCGGCUCAAAGGAGGUCAAGGAUGAUGCUCACUGGAAGUUUGUGCAGAUCCGAACAGCGUACGACACCCUGAAGGAGGCGGCGACGAGGCAAGUAUUCGACGCGGAGCUCGGCUUCCACAGGAUGAACCUCAACCACAACCACGGCCACAGCAACUACUACCCUCCCCAGCCCUCAUCGCCACGGGCCCCACGGAGCCGGUCCACCCGCCGCAGCCGACGCCGCAGCUGCCCGGACUGCGGCGACCACCACGUCACGCAGCCGGAACCAGCGGAGAUCAAGCGCUGGGUGCGGCACAAUCUCCGGCCGGAGCGACUCGCAUCCGCGGUAGAUGACCUGCGAGACCUAGCGUCGCGGCUGGGCGAGAUGGCAUCGUGGUUCGCGCGGCGGCAGCGGUGGGCGACGGGGGCGCGCGACGCCCUGCGGGAGCUGGUCGGGCGGGCCGACGACGAGGCGGAGCGGGUGAGCGUCGUGCUGCUCAACGUGCAGACGCUGUCGUACUCGUGCGCGCCCCAGUCCAGGAGGGAGGAGCUGCUCCGCGAGGUGUCGCGCAUGGCUCGGGCUUGCCGGCACUCGUUGGAGGCGGAGAUGACGGUCGGGCGGUACUGGGAGGUCCUGAAGGGGGCGAGUCCAGAGGAGUGGGAUAUUUUGUACGAUACCUUUUUGAACCUUCUUGAGAGGUGGCUGAAUGGUUUGUAGGUAGGCUUGGGUGGUGCGCUGGAGUUGGGGUGU